CCAGUCGACAUAUUUAGCAUACUCAGGUUUUUUUUUUUUUGGCUCCCCUUCUCCGUACCCGCUUCUGUCUCCUUUUUUUUAUAUACUUUUCCACCUCUUCCCGGUCGUUCAUAUACUUGUUCAUGUCAUCUGAAACUGAACCCAUUGGUGUCAUUUCCUCCGCCACCGCUGGCAAAGCGAUCCAAGUGAAGCUCGUGCUGUUAGGUGAAUCCGCUGUCGGGAAAUCGAGCUUGGUGCUACGCUUCGUUAAUCGUGAAUAUCAGGAAAAUCGGGAACCCACUAUUGGAGCCGCAUUUUUGACUCAAAAGUGCUUUGUCAACAAUCGAUCUAUCAAAUUAGAAAUCUGGGAUACUGCCGGCCAAGAACGUUUCCAUUCGCUUGCUCCAAUGUAUUAUCGCAAUGCUCAGGCGGCUGUGGUUGUAUACGAUAUCACCAAAGCGUCUACGCUGGAGAAGGCUAAAUCAUGGGUGAAAGAGUUACAACGCCAAGCCAACCCGGACAUUGUGAUCGCUUUGGUCGGCAAUAAACUUGAUCUUGUGCAAGAACACGAUGCAGAGAGCGAUGUAGAAAGACAAGUUCUCACAGAAGAUGCACAGGCAUAUGCAGAGGAAGCAGGCUUGAUAUUUUUCGAAACAAGUGCCAAAUCGGCAGAAAAUGUCGACGCCGUCUUUACAGCCAUCGCUCAAAAAGUUCCCGUGGAAUACUUGCUGUCAUCCGGAAGAAAUACAAGUAAUAUGCGUGGCCCAGGCACGAAUGGUCGAUUGGAUAUAACCCAACCUUCAUCAACAUCAGCGUCGGGAGGAUGUGCUUGUUGAAUGAUUUAUACCCCCAACCUAUGCUCUAUCGCAUACCCUCGUUUGCUCUAACAAGUAAAUAUUGCUGACCAAAGCAUAAAAAUACUUCCAUGAUUUUUUUCUGCCCUAUCGUCAGCACUCUGUUUAUUUCCAGCUGUGUAUAUUGUCCCU